AUGGAGAUGUCGGCUAAAGAUUCUUGGGAAAAAUAUAUGAAAAUCAAAUCAUUCACUGCUAAAGGUGCUACUUCUACUACCCUAAGAGUGGAGUAUUCUUGGAUCCCUAAGAGAUGUGACCAUUGCAAACUUUUUGGUCAUGACCUUGCCACUUGUCUCACUCACACGACUAGCUCUCCCGUCCUAAAGACAGCCAUGCCCAUUCCAAAAGAAGUUGAUAAAGAAUGUUUUCAAACGGUUAAAAGGAGAGCUAGAGCAAUUCAUAUCCUUAAAAAGAAGGUUCAAGUAGACAACCGUAAAAGUAAAGGGUUCGCUUUAAAGAUCGCUCAAGUCUACAAGCUAAUCAUUCGUGAUCCGAAGACGAAGAAUGUGUCGACCAACAUGUUUGAUGCUUUUUCGCAUCAAAGAGUUAACGAUACUAAAGACGGUUGUAGUAUCCCUCCUAACAUCUACUCCAGAGAUACCCUCCCAACUUCCGACACACAACCGAGUUUCUUUCAUUGUGGUCAUAUCUCUAAUCCAGUUGAUGAGAGUUGA